UCAUCGCUAUUGUCUUCCGCGACAACUAUUGUCUUAAUUAUCACUCGAAUUGAUCCGUAAAGACAAAGACUAUCAGACAUAAUGUCCGGCAGAGGAAAAGGCGGUAAAGUGAAGGCUAAGUCAAAGUCGAGGUCGUCGAGAGCGGGCCUCCAGUUCCCCGUCGGACGCAUUCAUCGACUCCUUCGCAAAGGUAACUUCGCUGAGCGCGUGGGCGGCGGCGCACCCGUGUAUUUGGCGGCGGUGUUGGAGUACUUGGCGGCCGAAGUGCUUGAGUUGGCCGGCAAUGCCGCGCGAGAUAACAAGAAGUCGCGUAUAGUUCCGCGUCAUCUGCAGCUCGCGGUGAGGAAUGACGAAGAGUUGAACAAACUGUUGGCCGGAGUGACCAUAAGUCAGGGCGGAGUCCUUCCCAACAUUCACUCGGUUUUGUUGCCCAAGAAGUCCGAAAGCGGCGGCGGAUCCAAGUCUAAGGCCAGCCAAGAGUUGUAGACACACUACCAUAUGGUGUGUCCACUCGUUCUUCCGAUGGCCACG